AGAUGUUAAUUUUAUCAAGGGAUAGUCUUUGUGAAUGGGGUCAACGUUCGCGAUAAGGUUCUCAAGAUCAGACAAUUGGUUCAAUUAACAAAAUGCAGCGGGCGAUGCACGCUAUGUCUCGGCACAAUAGUUAGUUGACUACAGUCUAAAAUACAUGGACCUUUGCCAAAUCGGUCAUUCGUGGCGUAACUAUAUAAUAAGUGUUACAUUUCUUGCUAUCCUUGCUUAUAUUUACUAUCAUCAGCUGUUACAUUUAUUGGAUAUAGAAUUGUAUAGAAUUCAGUUUUACUCUAAUAUUUGGCUCCCUCUUAAACUAUUUGAUCAGUUCCUUCUCUUGGGAAAGGUACUACAAGUGCUUCAACGACAAGGGUUUACACAGCUUAGUGUAACUUACACCCUAGUCUAAAUUCUAAUCAGAUUAUAUGCUUUACUUGACACUGCCUAAGUACUUCAUCACUGUUUAAAGAUUAGCUUUACAAGUACAUAGUUUACAUUUAACAGGAUUCUAAUAUACCAACCAGCCAAUUCAAAUUAUUCUAGUACUUAUUCUCUAGUCAUACUGUAUCGCUAACUGGAAUAAAACUAAACAAAGGUGUGUUUUGAUUCUAGUUUAAAUAUGUUUAAAUGUUUAAAUAAUGUGCUCUAAAUAAUAUGUUUUCAUGUAAAAAAACGAGACACCUGACUCUGAGUUAUGUUUAUCUGUAUAGGUAAACCAUAAAAUAAAAUGUAGUGACAAUGAUGGUGAUUACCAGUGUUAGUGCAAUUUUAACCCUCAACGAAGGGGGUAUUACUGACCAUGAACACGGUGUUAUGAUGUGAGUGAAGAGAAGAUGUCUAAGGUGCUCUCGGCGCUGGGCGGGGCGCUCCCGGACGAGCGGCCCUUGCUCUCGCUGCAGAUUGUCGAGAGUGUGGCCAAGUGUCCCACGGGCUACGUGCCUGUCAGCCGCACGUAUGACGAGGACGCAGACGCGGGCCUGAUGCGACAGGCUGGCCUCUUCGGGAAGAAGCCCAGCCACUACAUUUGCUUGUCUAAGUCUGAAGGAGUGCCAGGUUACGUGAUGGACGGAGUGGUGGUGCUAGGGGAGCGCGAGGCCACUCCGGCGGGGUACAGCGUGGCGGGGCGAGCGGGGAAGAGACGCCUGUGCACGCGCGUGUCAAGGCAGACCCCUGGCCCCGCUCCCCCCGCCCCUCUAGUCACCGACAUCAUCGUGUGCUCGAAAAUGAGGACUGCACCGCAAGGGUUCAUUCUUGCUGGGGAAAUCAACGGCAAGGUGGUGUGCUACAAGGUGAGCGGCGGCAGCGCGGACACGUCGCCCACGCACGCGCCCAUCGACUACGAAAACGUGGUCUCCAAUCUCACGCCCGAAGCCGCCAGAAGUUCGUUGACGGUAAAAUUGUACAAACACCUGAAAUCGGGAUGGGCCAGCUGUGCCGGAUUAAGGCCUGUACCAGAUAGACCUCCAAAACUGUCACCCCUAGUGGCAGAACUAAACAAUCUUAACCUGAAGUCACCAUCCACGUACCCUAACAUAGAAGAAUUCACGACGGACCACGAUUACGAAGCCCUAAGCCCUUCGUACAACCUCAAGCCGUCUCGGCCGGCGCCUCGGCCGCCGUCAGCGAAGUCGCCGAUCCCACACAACAGUCCCGGGCCUACUUCUCCAGCGGCUGUGGCCAGGAAGAAAGGGCCUGCUCCGUUGCCCAAAGCGUGUAACUACCAGACUCUGGGAGGUUACAAUGGUUUGGAGGGAGUGCCCUUUGUGCUCAAUCCGAAGUUGCGUGGAUUACCCAAUGACACAUUGAUGCAGUUACCAGUCAUCAAGAAUCGCAGUCGCUUCGAUCUCGACCGCGACUAUUCCUACAACUUCGCCGUGGAGCGUCAGACGUGAUCCGACUGACUGUCGCUAUCAAAUCAAACAAAUAAAAUAAAAUAUAAGCAGUUGGGUGACAAGGAAGAUGACCAGUGCUAAAUUCGUUGAUUCAUCUGUCGAUGCUUAAACAAAAGUGAAGCGAGCGCGAAAAUUUUUCUUCACUCUCCAGAAGCGAUCCUAAUAUUAUGGUAUUUAAACUUUUGCACUCCUAAAUUUUUUAUAGUCGCUUCUCAACUCCAAAACAAUGAUAUGACUGAGAAUAUUUCACCGCUCUCUUCAUAUACAACUAAUCGAUCAACUUUCUGUUGGUCAAAAGAUAUCUUUAAAUAUUAUGUAAGAGAAAAGACUCUUUAAUUUGUGCCAAGAUAUUACUAAAGUUACUGCUACAAAUAGUUUCAAAUUAGGAAUGUGUAUUAUACCUAAUAAUAUUAUUUAUUUACAAUAUUUUUUUUUACUUACCUUAUAGGGUAAGUUUUUACAUUAUAUCAAUGAUUGUAAAUUUAAUCGCACUAUUUCGUAAACUAAGUCCGAAUAGAUAUUUCACUAUUUGGAACAGUUGUUUUAUUCAAUGGAAAAUGAUCAAGUGUAGUGAGGCCUUAAUAGCGCCGCAUUGGUGUGUGAAGACUGAUGUUAAGAGGUGAGAGGGAACAAGAAAGGAGAUAUCAGUGUAAUUAAAUAGUUAUUGUUUUACGUACGAUGCAUGUACUUUAGAAACAUCGAUACAUGUGUGGUAUAGAUCGUUUCAACGAAUAGUUCCUAUGGCGUUAUGUUGGCUCCCCUGUCUGUCUAAGUCAUUGGGUGGUCAUUGGCACCAUAUUGGCAUGAGAAG